CUUCCCGGCCUGCCUGCCUGCCUUCCUUCCUCCCGGUUUUCCCCUUCGCUUUUGCUGGCGGUUGCUGCUUGGAAGCGCCAAGAAAGGAGGGCGAGAUUGCAAAUGCAAACCUCCCCCGCUCCAGUUCAGAAAGCGAGGACGGAGGGGGCGCCUCGACCCCUUGAGAAGCAGAGCGAGCCCAACGCGCGAUCCGAAGGAGAAAAGUUGCUCCGGAGACCUUUACGCGCAAGUGUGCGCUGCGCUCCCGCACGGAGAAAAUUAUAUUCCCGAUAGCCAACGUCCGGAAGAACCGUAAACCUGGAUGACCUUAAUUUAUGGAGAAGCUCAAUUGUGGUUUACUUGAAGAAUGAGUCAGCAACUUCAGGAUUUGAAACACUACUAAUCAAGCUGAAAGCAGACGCAGAGAAACCCACCAAGUUAAUCAGCAUUCUUUGCAGUGGGAAUCCUUUCCUGGAAUUUUUUUUAGCCCAACUGACUUUUAAUCUUCCUUUUCCACAUUGCUGGUAAAAUAGACAUCCUGGGCUGGAGGCCUUCUUUGGAGGUAACCAGGAUUUUAUUCCCUGUGCAAUGUUCUUAAACAGAGCCAAGUCGUGGCUCCCUAGACUGUCCUGGUGGAGAGGAAAGCAGGACUUCAACCAGGAGGAGCAUUUGAAGGAAAAACCAGAGGUUUCAGUGAAAUGCACGGGACCUCCCAAGGCAAGAUGGUGGAGUGGCCGCCGGCUUUUGGAAAUUAUUGGGUGGGGCCAAGGCUCAGCGGCUGGAGGGCACUCACUGUUUGCUGGGAUACCUCAACAUGUUGCUCCUCACAAGCCAUCGGUGGAGUCUCCAGAACAUUUCCAGAUUUGCUUCAACUUCACCCGACACCUCUUUGAUCUGUGUGUGGUGACUCUGCUCUGUGCAUCCUCCCCGGCUUUCCGGUUGGUUAUGGAUAUCCUGGGAUUUGGAGGACCUGUGAAGGUUUGGCUCCAUGGCUUGGCCUGUUUCUUGGUCAGCGCCUAUGGGAUGUACUUGGUUCUUUGGUUGGUCCAAGAGUAUCUGUUGCAAUUUGCCUGUCUCUAUGGGUUUUUACAGACCUUGGUUUUGUGGGUCAGCAUCCGUGCUCGAUCGUCAGAGUCUCCAGAGGACAAACAAGCUGACGGACUCGAUACAGAUAGAGAAGGGGAGCAGUCUGCGGCCAACGGAUGUAAGCAAGAAUCGCCACUAUGAGGAGGAAGAUUGCGUGGACAAUCUUGGGACUGAAGCCCAAGAGAUUGACUGAAGUGGGCCCUGGAGGGUCAACAGGAGAAACUUUUAUCUUGUAUUUAGGAUGGCUGGACAGAAAUUGGGAGAAGAUAAAGGUAACGAGGAGAAACACUAUUCCUUAAAACGAGUAAUGAUUCAAAAAUAAGCACUACAUCCGUAGAACUUUCCCAUAGAAAUUGUUUUAAAUUCCAGUUCCCAGUGGCAGCAAGGAGAGAAGCUUAACGGAUGGGAUGUGUAAUCCAUCCAGGAUUAUCAUCACCUAGUGGGGCUUAGCCAAAAAUCACAGAAGAGGUGUGAGAUUCAUCUAACUUAAAGUCAUAAACUAAUCUGAGCCUGGUUUGGGAGUUAUGGCUACCUCUAGAGGAUUCUGGGAACUGUAGUUUUUGAGGGGAAGGGGAGACAAAUUAUUAAAUCCCUUUUUGGGCUUCUUGAUGGGAGUAAUCUUUACCUCUGGUUUGAGCCUGUAGUGCCCAGGUAAGAUAUAUUUUCAGAAGAAAGCAAAUAACAUCCAAAAUAUAGCCAAUUCUUGCAUAUUUAUAAGGGCCUACGAUUUUUCCCUCCUUUGGCAUCUUAUUGCUUUCUGGGUGACAGUGACCUGGUGAAGACCAUCAAGAACAGGCAGCUGAAAAUAAAGAGUGCAUGUUCCUAAAGUUAUGGUCUAGCCCAGGGAGGUCUUCAAACAUGGUAAUUGUGGACUUCAACUCCCAGAAUUCCAUGGUUGGCUGAGGAAUUCUGGGAGUUGGUUCACAAGUCUUAAUGUUGCCCAGUUUGGAGACAUCCCUGGGCUAGCCAAUAAGCAACAAAAAGUUGUCUUUUAAAAUAGGUUGGAUGGUCUAAAAAUAAUGGCUCAUUUAAAAGCCUAGAGAAGAGUCAGUAGUUGAAUUUUCUGGAGAUAAAAAUCCAAUGUACCCAAGAAUCUACCUUCUUCUGCCAGAAAUGGGGAGUAGAAGAUUGAGAAGUAGACAUCUGAAAGGCAGGUGGCUUUAGUGCAAUUGGCAAGAAGGGUAGAAGUUUCACAGGGGUCCUAAUCUGUGGGUGACAGGGAAUCCCAGGAAGAUUAAAUAUCUUUGCAGAAAACCAGCAGAAACAGAAACCCUGAAUUCAUUCCUGAGCUGGACCUAUUGCUGCUUUUUAUCUGGGCCAAGUUGGCCAUCCCCAGCUAAUUCUAGUAGAAUUGUUGAUGGGUGGGGACAGACGUUUGAAAUAAUACUUCGAUUCUUCCACCCCAUUCCUCAGGGAGAAGCAGUUCUGAGCCUACAGUUUCAAUAUCCCCAAUUGCCCGGGGCUCCCCUUUUCACCAGCAACCAGAUUUUUUUACCCAGUUUUGAGAAACUCUGGCUCUUCUCAUUUUCUUGACUCCUUUCUCAUUCUUCGGCAAUAUUUAGAUCACCGAACCAGGGUCCGCACCCCCUUAUGGAAAAAGAGCUGUUCUGAGCCAAAGACUCCGGUGGCUUGGUUUUAUAUUUUCCAUGCGGACAUAUGCAGAAUCGGUGAUUCACGUGUGUAUUUCCCUUUCCGCGGUCUCACUGAGCAUACAGAAGGGUGAAUGGCAGCUGUCUCCAGGAUAACACAGGUCCAUCACUGAUAUGUUUUUGUAAUGUGAUUUGUUUUUAAUUUCUUGAAUUGCCUAAGCAAGUCACUCCCGCAUAGGUCAUCAACUAUCAUGCACAGGUUGUCCUUAGAAGCAGGAAGAAUAGAAAGUAGAUGUUGGACAGCACAGGAGGUAGAAGCCAACAGAGAAGUUAGGGGGCUGGUAGGAAAAUCUAAAUAUAGGGUUGUUGCUGGGUUGUUGUUUUUUUUUGAGGAAGAAUGGUGAGGAAGCUGAUUCUGGUAAGACGUUUCCCAAUUAGAUUCCUAAUUGCAGAAGUUUGUUAAGGUUGGCAUGUUUCACUUUCUUUGAAAUGUUCUGCAACACAAAACCCUCCUAGAUAUUUAUGAUUGUAAUCUCCAUGGGAUCUGAAGUCCAAAAGGAAUCCAGAUGGAGGGCAUUUGGUCCACUGCUCUUGAUCCAGAUUCUGGCACAAAGUCCACGCCGUCGUCUAAAACUGGAGUCUUCCAAACUUGGCAACUUUAAGACUUUGUGAACCUCAACUCCCAGAAUUCUCCAGCCAACAUGACUGGCUGAGGACUUCCAGGAAUUGAAGUCCACAAGUCUUAAAAGUUCCCAAAAGUUUGGCAACUCUUGACCUAGAACAAGGAUGUGCAAUCGGUGGGCUGCCAGGUGAUGAUAAACUACAAUUCUCAGCUUUUUCCAGCAUGGCUUAAAUUACCUGGCAAGGGUGGAGGGUUAUCCAGUUUCAACAUUUCUCUCCUAUCAGCAAACCAUCCCAUGAGAAGGUUCAGCUUGGCCUACUGCAAAUCCCUUUUAUGAUACAUGAUGUGUCACUUCCACAGGCCCGGAUGCUAUGAAGUCGUUACUCAAAUGAGCUUGUCAUUUAAGCAAUGCUCAUACAUUCGUUUUCCUAGAGGCAUCUACCCCCAUUUCCUUCUGCCCAUGGAAUCCAGCCUUUCUCAGUGUAGCCCUUCUAUUGUCCUAUUCAACAUUCCUGGAGGACAUAGGCUGAGGAAACCUGGGGGAUAUUAUGGUAUUUCAAAUGCAGUGAUGCCCCAUACAGUGUGCGUGGCGGCUGACAGAAUGCCAUUUCCAAACUAAAUUCGGCACGCAAGAGCUGGGAGAGGGAAGAAGGCCUCACGACACGUCAGCGAACCUUGGGAAAAGACAUGUAAGCAAACCCUCUUUCCAGGCUGUGAGGCUUUGGCAGCUGACUGCUCCCAUGGGUUGCCAGAACAGUCGUAUCCGUAGCGCCGCUGGUGCCUUGCCUUUAGAUGACUCAUUUUUAAUUUUUUUUUUUUUAAAUCCCUUUUGCAAUACUGUGCAAUACAAAAGAGCCUUUCAACUUCUCCCUCUUUUCUUUUUCUCCACAAUGCACAUCUGGAGUGCAGGGCAGCCACUCAACCAGCACAUCUUCGCUCCUUUCCCAAAUAGCAAAACUCGUGACUGAAGUUUGGGUGGAGCUUGUAGCUUCAAUGAAGACUCGAGGGGCUUUUACAACUCUAGGGCAAAAUCACCAGCAUCUUCCUUCCUCUUCUCCUGAGUGCAGAGAUUUGUCCUCCCAGCCCCAGCCAAGCCCCCUCCAAAAUUAAGAGAACUACAAAUUCCAUCAACUCCCAUUCAUGUGCUGAUGGCUGGAAUGAGGCCAGGGGCCUCCAAACUUGGUAACUUUAAGACUUGUGAACCUCAACUUCCAGAAUUCCUCUAUGCUAUGUUGACUGAGGGAUUUUUGGAGUUAAAGUCCACAAGUUUUAAAGUUGCCAUCUUUGGAGACCCCUGGUCUAGUCCAAAGGCUAGAAGGAAGGAAGAGAAUUAAGAUGUAUCUUAAGAGCUCGGUGGCUUUUAGUAAUCUUUUUUUUUUUUUUUAACCUCUUUCCUUUGGGGGGGGGGAAAACCCCCCCCCCUCCCCCCCCCCCCAAUUUUUUUAAAAAGAAGAAAGCAGCCCAAGACCAUCUCUUCUUGAGAGGCAUUUGAAAUUUGUACUUUUCUUCCCCUCAAGCAGCAGAAUUAAUUCCUCCCAAAAAAAAAACCCUUAAAAAGAAACUGGAACUUGUUUUUCCUUCCUUUCUGAUUCUCUCUGACAUGUGUCCUAACUUCACACCCGUAGAAGGAAAUUACAAGAUUAUUUUCUAUCUUGAUUAUUCUCUCUGUACAUAGAUUUUUUUUAAGAAAAAAAACUUUCUUUAUAGGCUUUAGAAGUAUUGACAUGGGAAAACGAUGACAUCCUCAUUCUUUGCCAAACUCCCAAGUACAUUUUUUUUUUAAUUUAUAUAAGUAACACCUCCAAAACUGCAUGUGUUGAAGGUGUUAUGAAUUUACUGUGACAUGCCAGGCAUUAGCCAAUAGGUACUGUGACGUUCACACCAAAACAUGCCAUUUUACCAGAUCUCUUGUACAGUAUUGUUACGUUCCCCAUUGGUGGGCUAGUAGGGUUAUACACAUAUACAGUCCUGGAUCAUUUAUUAGGAAAACUGUGAAAAAGCAUUUGCCAAUUGUG